ACCCACCCCUCCAUUUUUGCCAGGUUCCAUCAUAAACCCUAAUAAAACCCCAAACCUUGCAAAGAUUGAAAGUAACCAAACCUCAAACUCUGCAAAAAAAUAGCGUUUUGUAAAAAUGGAAGUGGAAGGUGACAAAGAGAUGGAAAAUGGAAACAGUGUGAUGUGCCAAUUGGCCGAUCCAGAAGGUAAUCCUCUUGGAACUGCCAUGUAUCUUCCUCAAAACGCUGGUCCUAAAGAACUUCAACAAAUCGUCAAUACCCUUCUCAGCAAUGAAGAAAGGCUACCUUAUGCUUUCUAUAUAUCAGAUAAUGAGCUUGUCGUUGAACUGGGGAAUUAUUUACAGAAAAAUAAAGUUUCUGUGGAGAAGGUUGUUCAAAUAGUUUAUCAACCACAAGCAAUUUUCCGCAUCCGGCCUGUAAACCGCUGUUCUGCUACAAUAGCUGGUCAUACUGAAUCUGUGCUUUCAGUCUCAUUUAGUCCUGAUGGCCAACAGUUGGCCAGUGGAUCUGGCGACACUACUGUUAGACUUUGGGACAUAGCUACCCAAACACCAAUGUUUACUUGUACAGGACACAAGAAUUGGGUACUUUGCAUAGCAUGGUCCCCUGAUGGUAAGUAUCUAGCCAGUGGAAGCAAGGCAGGAGAGCUCCAGUGUUGGAAUCCUCAAACAGGAAAGCCAUCAGGCAGCCCACUUACGGGACACAAAAAGUGGAUUACUGGUAUAUCUUGGGAACCAGUCCACCUUCAAGCUCCAUGUCGCCGGUUUGUAAGCGCUAGCAAAGAUGGUGAUGCACGCAUAUGGGAUGUAACGCUUAGUAAGUGUGUAAUGUGCCUGAGUGGGCAUACACUGGCUGUAACAUGUGUAAAAUGGGGUGGGGAUGGUUUCAUCUAUACUGGCUCUCAGGAUUGUACAAUAAAAGUUUGGGAAACUAAACAAGGGAAGUUAAUUCGCGAAUUGAAGGGCCAUGGUCAUUGGGUCAAUUCUCUGGCACUUAGUACGGAGUAUGUCCUGCGGACCGGGGCUUUUGAUCACACAGGCAAGCAGUGUUCUACUCCAGAGGAAAUGAAGGAGGUUGCUUUGGCUAGAUACAACAAAAUGAGAGGCGAUGCCCCAGAGAGACUGGUUUCAGGUUCUGAUGAUUUCACCAUGUUUCUAUGGGAACCUUCUGUAAGCAAGCACCCUAAAGCUCGGAUGACAGGUCAUCAACAGGCUGUGAAUCAUGUUUACUUUUCUCCUGAUGGGCAAUGGGUGGCAAGUGCUUCCUUUGAUAAAUCAGUUAAGUUAUGGAAUGGUGUUACGGGAAAAUUUGUUGCUGCUUUUCGGGGUCAUGUUGGGCCUGUUUAUCAGAUAAGUUGGUCUGCAGAUAGUAGGCUUCUGUUGAGUGGUAGCAAGGACUCCACGCUAAAGAUAUGGGAUAUCAGAACGCAGAAGCUGAAACAAGAUCUCCCAGGCCAUGCGGACGAGGUUUUUGCGGUGGAUUGGAGUCCAGAUGGUGAGAAGGUGGCAUCUGGUGGAAGGGAUAGAGUAAUGAAAUUGUGGAUGGGCUAGACAGCCUAGACCUGCUGAGCUUGUUGUCUCAAUCUCGACAAUUGACAUUUUCGAUUCUAGUUAAAUGGUUUCAAGUUUUCUUCAAGUGGAUCUUUCUCAAUUCUUCCCAUUUUAUACAUUAACGUGUACCAGUACUACUGAUUUGUAGUUGUUUACGGUUCAAACAAAUACCAAGUAUAUAAUGAAGUAAAUAUAUAUAUUUCCCAGA